UGUAUCAUCACCUUACCUUCAAAUGCAUGACAUAAGCACUCUGUGGAGUGUGGAUAUCUUGUUUAUACAUUUGAAAACACCUUCCUCUUGUCUUUCUUUUGCAUAUCCAACAAACAUUUCCCAAAAGAAACUUCAGAAUCAGUCUCCAAAAUAGAAAAGCAUCAAUGGCGUUUCCUUUUCCCAGAGCUUCUCUCUCUUGGGUCUCUUCGUUUCGCGCAAGCUCUCUCUUCCCUCUCCUUCCCAUGGCUCUCUCUCCCCAAGUUCACUCUCUCUUUCCAAUGCGUGCUCUCCAUGUCUCCGCCUCUCUCCCCACCACUGCCCAAGACCAAUCGUCCCCUCCUACGGUCCUGUCCCAGCAAGGAAGCAAUAGUCGAUGGAAGCCCAUGUGUUUGUACUACACGCAAGGCAAGUGCACUAUGAUGGAUGAUGCUAUCCACCUAGAGAGGUUCAAUCAUGAUUGCUCCAGGGACCUUGGAGUGAAUAUUGCAAAGUUAAAAUGUCUACGCUCCCAGAACUUAGAUUUUUUUCUGGUGCUUGAUUUGGAGGGCCGAGUUGAGAUUCUUGAGUUUCCAGUUCUGAUGAUAAAUGCAAAAACCAUGGAUGUCGUGGACUUAUUCCACAGGUUUGUGAGGCCAUCAGAAAUGAGUGAGCAAAGAAUAAAUGAAUAUAUUGAAGGAAAGUAUGGCAAGUUUGGAGUUGACCGGGUCUGGCAUGAUACUGCUAUCCCAUUUAAUGAAGUCCUUCAUCAAUUUGAGGUUUGGUUGGCUCAGCAUCACUUGUGGAAAAAACAGUUGGGAGCCCGUCUUAAUCAAGCAGCAUUUGUAACUUGUGGAAAUUGGGAUUUGAAAACAAAGGUCCCUCAGCAAUGCAAAGUCUCAAAGAUAAAGCUUCCCCAAUAUUUCAUGGAGUGGAUUAAUCUCAAAGAUGUCUAUCUAAAUUUCUAUAAAAGGAGGGCCACAGGAAUGAUAACCAUGAUGAAUGAACUUCAAAUACCAUUGGUGGGAAGUCACCAUCUUGGGAUUGAUGACACAAAGAACAUAGCAAGAGUGUUGCAACACAUGCUUGCUGAUGGUGCAGUUAUUCAGAUUACUGCUAGGAGGAAUUCUGAUUCUCCUGAAAAUGUCGAAUUUCUAUUCAAGAAUCGGAUAAGAUAGCUGCCUCUAGCCAGAUCCUUCAUUUAAAACUGUCACUUAACUGUAUAUAUUUAGGAAAACAAAAUAGACAGAAAGAAUUCAUUCUAUUCACUGGUUCUACUGAUGCUCUCUUUCUCUCUCUUAUGUCCGCACGCACAUACGGUAAAUUUAUAAGAGAUCUUUUGUAGGUUUUUGAACUGUCCAGAUCUAA